AUGACAGCUGCCCCAACCACGACAACAGCUGCCCCAACGACUACAACAGCUGCUGCUACAACCACGACAACGGCUCCAACAACUACAACAGCUGCCCCUACAACUACGACAGCUGCUCCAACAACUACGACAGCUGCCCCAACCACGACAACAGCUGCCCCAACGACUACAACAGCUGCUGCUACAACCACGACAGCUGCUCCAACAACUACAACAGCUGCCCCUACAACCACGACAGCUGCUCCAACAACUACGACAGCUGCCCCAACCACGACAACAGCUGCCCCAACGACUACAACACCUGCUGCUACAACCACGACAGCUGCUCCAACAACUACAACAGCUGCCCCUACAACCACGACAGCUGCUCCAACAACUACAACAGCUGCCCCUACAACCACGACAGCUGCUCCAACAACUACGACAGCUGCCCCAACCACGACAACAGCUGCCCCAACGACUACAACAGCUGCUGCUACAACCACGACAGCUGCUCCAACAACUACAACAGCUGCCCCUACAACCACGACAGCUGCUCCAACAACUACAACAGCUGCCCCAACCACGACAACAGCUGCCCCAACGACUACAACAGCUGCACCUACAACCACGACAGCUGCUCCUACAACCACAACAGCUGCUCCUACAACCACAACAGCUGCACCUACAACCACGACAGCUGCUCCAACAACUACAACUGUAAAGAAAAACUUGACGAAGCCUAUGGAGUUCCAGGUUCUGUAUGCAGUGUUAACAGAUUUAGGUAAGAGCUAA